AUGCCAGUAACGCGAAGUCAGUCAAAGAACCUGGCCUACCAAAAUCCAAGCUCAGCACAGGGCAACACCAAGGAUGGCGAGAUCUCCAUCAAAAGUCUGGAACAAGAACAAACGGUGAGAGGAGCUUCCAUUGAAUGGCUAGAUUGGAAUUCUAGAGAGGCGGAAGACAUCUACAAAACAACAGUGACAAGGGGUAGUGAAGAUAGCGGGGAAUGGAAGCUAGCUUCGGAUUCAUUUGUUGAAGAGCUGAAUGCUCUCAGGAUGCUUGGGUACGAGGCUUGGCAUGCUAAGUUCGAGGAAAUCAAGAUAUUGGUGUAG